UGUGGUGGGUAGGUCAAAGCAGAGAAGCUACAGUCAGUCUGCAGAAAACAGCUUGGAGCAGGAUGGGCUCCACCAGCUCCAGCAGGAACCACGUCCCCAACGCACAGGAGCUCCUGCAGGAAACUGGCUUCUCAGCUGCACAUCUCCUCCGUCUCUACGAGAGGUUUGAGUUUCUCGACAGAGACGGCAGAGGACAGCUCAGGCCUGAUGACUUCGAAGCAGUUCGGGAGUUGGCCAUGAAUCCCAUCGGAGGCAGAAUCAUCGGAGCCUUCUUCCCUCCAGGACAGGAAACGGUGGACUUUCCCACCUUCGUCCGGAUUCUGGCUCAUUUCCGUCCCACAGAGAAAAACCGAGCCAGAGACGGAGCCCAGACGGAGCCGGCCAACAGCAGGACCGGGAAACUCAAAUUUGCCUUCCAGCUGUAUGAUCUGGACAGAGAUGGAAAGAUUUCCAGAGCUGAGCUUCUUCAGGUGCUGCGAGCGAUGAUGGGGAUCGAGGUGACGGAGGAGCAGCUGCAGAGUAUCGCUGAGCGAGCCAUCCAGGAGGCCGACCUCGACAGAGACGACGCCAUCUCCUUCGACGAGUUCAGAAAGUCGUUGGAGAAGGUGAACAUCGAUCACAAGAUGAGCAUCCGCUUCCUGAAAUAAAGAGCAAAGCUGCUGAGACUUCUUCUGUCUUAUGACAUGAAGGUUUCAGGAGGAGAAAAUUAUCUGUUAAUUAUCUUGUUUUACUUUCACCUGCUGCUGCUUCUGCAACGAUUUCAUCCAAUCAAUAAAAGACAAAAUUGCAGAGCUGUUAAUAAAGUCAGAAGAUCUGGAGGAACUCAGCACCAGUCAGCAGAGAAAACUCCAUCCUGGAAGCUCCUCAAUGACAAAAUGAAAAAGGAAAAUGCUGUUAACGUUCAUGUGCUGUACAUGAAGAAAUUACCAUUGUUGGUUCAACUGAAGCAAAAAGUAGGAUCAGUAGAUGAACACAUCGGAACAUCAGACAGUAAGCAGGAACACCUGAUUCUCCAGGUGAAGAGCAUUUCUAAAUUUUUUUACAGUGUAAACUUUCUUGUUCUUUUUAAAAUUUCCGAAACGUAAAUUUUAAUUUACAUAAAUUGAUAAAUGUGGAAAUUUAAAUAAACCUGAAUGAAUACUUCA